GUCCCUUGUCCCGGUCUCUGCUCCUGCUCCUGCUGAGGCCGUGCCUCAAGUUCUGCCUGUGCCUUCUGCAGGUGCUCCUGCAGCCACAGCCAUGUCCUGCUACGACCUGUGCCGGCCCUGCGGCCCCACCCCGCUGGCCAACAGCUGCAACGAGCCCUGUGUCCGGCAGUGCCAGGACUCGCGGGUCAUCAUCGAGCCGUCCCCCGUGGUGGUCACCCUGCCCGGGCCCAUCCUCAGCUCCUUCCCCCAGAACACCGCCGUGGGAUCCUCCACCUCCGCCGCCGUGGGCAGCAUCCUGAGCGAGUCCGGGGUCCCCAUCAACUCGGGCGGCUUUGGGCUCUCGGGGCUCUCUGGCCUUGGUGGCCGCUACUGCGGCCGCAGGUGCCUGCCCUGCUAGAGCUGGGCCGGACGUCCAGCGAGUGCCUCCCCCAGGACGCCCCAAGCCAGGUGCCGCGCUGAGGCUGGAGCUGCUGGCCAGCGUUUCCAGAGGCCUCGGGGCCCUGCAGCCCUCCUGCCAAGGAGGGAGGCAAACGUGGCCAGCUGAGGCUUCUGCUUGUCCUGCUUUCUUCUGCACCUCCCCGGGCCCUGCCGGGCCCUGCUCUGCUGGCCCAGGGGCUCAGCCCCUGGCCGGUGCAGCGGGGUCCUGCUGCUCCCGCUGGCCCCGUGCCCGGGGCAGGCAGACGUGUGUCCCACUGCUGGCACAGCCA